AUGGUUUUGAAGAUAAAGAAGCACACAUCAUUGACUGGAACAACCUCACAAACUGUGGAUGGAGAAAACCGUUGUUCACCCCGUCGUUUUACACUUCCUAUCUCCGACAAUCAGGCAGAUAAUUAUUUUGUUGCAUUAAGGAAACCCAAAGAAGAAACGGAUGCAUCUGGAAAGACGAGUGUUCGAAAAAAAAUUAUUGAAGUUUUUCACUCUAAAGCAUUCCACAUCGCAGUUGUCACGCUUUGCUGCCUGGAUGGUUUGCUUGUGGUGUGCAUGCUCUUGAUGGAAAUUGAAGUACUAAAGCUAAAGCCCGGAACACUUCGAAGUCGAUUGCAAAUUGCUCAAUUCAGUCUGGAGUGUGUCAGUGUCAGCAUUGUAUCACUCUUUCUGAUUGAAAUUUUAUGCAAAUGUUGGUUAUUCGGAUUGCGAUUCUAUCGUCAACACUGGUUGGAGAUCGUGGAUGCAGUUGUGUGCGUGGUCAGCUUCGGAGUGGACAUUUACAAUAUUGUUCGUCACACACAACAUCAUCAAGCGCAACAUGCUCCCGCGAACAUCCACGCAAAUAUGACGCCUGAAGGUCAUAACAGCACCGCGAAACUGUUGGACACGGAAGAAAGUGAAUCUAUGACAGUGCAAAAUACGCUGGCAGACGCAGCUGGUCUUUUGGUCCUCUUUCGUCUUUGGCGAGUUGUGCGAAUUGUAAAUGACGAAGCAAAUUUGGUUAACAUUCGUCGUUUCACCGUUCAAAAAGCAUGGGUAAAUCACUACAUAGUCACACUGUUACCACCUAAUCGUUGGAUGCAUAUGAUCAUAUUCGUGGUCUCUAGUAGCGCUCAAGAGUGA